UUCAUCAGUGAUCGGAAAAUAAUCGAAGAGUUCGGUAACUGUGUGAUCGUGUAAUAAUCGGUGUAACGGCAACAGACCUAACAGCGCUAUACACAACCUGAUUUGCAUAUUAAGUUCAAGAUGAGACUGACGGAUUCUAGUUUUGAGUACGAGGACGAGGAGUAUAAGUAUAUCACAGUGUUCGACGAUGAUGAUGAAGAUGAAUCUGGCGAGUUCAGAACGAAGUACUUCAGGAUGAUAAAGCCUGACAGUGAAAACGGUGACCUGUGUUUCGGGUGUGGUGACCUGAUCGCUGACCGGUUCCUGCUGAGGGUGGAUGGUCAGUCCUGGCACAUGUCAUGUCUCCGCUGCUGUAUAUGUCAGACCAAUCUGGAGCGCCAGACCUCGUGCUACAUCAAGGAGGGACACAUCUACUGCCGGACAGACUACACAAGGUCAGGAGAGUUCGGAGUGAAGUGUGCUAAGUGCUUCCGGUCAAUCCAAGCCAACGAUUGGGUUAGACGAGCACGUGACCACGUGUUUCAUCUCGCAUGUUUUGCGUGCGACAACUGUAAGCGCCAGCUAUCGACGGGGGAGGAGUUCGCGAUACAGGAGGGGAAGGUACUCUGCAAGACACAUUACGUGGAAACUCUCGAAGGUGGUCCGAGAAAAGAUUCAGAAGGUAGUCAGAAGUCGAAGACGAAAAGAGUUCGCACUACGUUUACGGAGGAUCAGGUACAGGUUCUCCAGGCUAACUUCCAUCUCGACAGUAACCCGGAUGGACAAGAUCUCGAGAGAAUCGCCCAGAUCACGGGAUUGUCUAAGCGCGUGACGCAAGUGUGGUUCCAGAAUUCCAGAGCGAGACAAAAGAAACAACAGCAACAACAAACACAGAGCGGCAACACGAGUCCGUCCUCACUCUCCUCGCCGUCUAAACUAUCUAGUCCCUCCAAUUGGUACAUCGGUUCCGAGAGCCCUAUGAGUGAAGACAGUCCGUCAUUUUCAGACUGACAUUUGAAUGAACACUGACGACGGUUGUGUGAAACUGAUAAUUUUGUGAUUUGUGCAGUUAUGGAACAAACAAUUUCAUUGGAUAAUUCUGGUAAUCACGUGAUGUGCAUAUCAGUGUCGUAACCAAUGUUGUGUGACCAUUUGUAACAUUUACUCGUGCUAUUAACGGACUGCUAUAUGAACGCUCUAUGUUCAUGUUCACGUUGAACAAAUGUAUGUGUUAUUGUUCAACCUUUUUGUGUAUGUUCUCGUUCAUACGUUACGACGGUGUUCAUAGUGUUCUCGCGGUGCAUUUUAUCUCUGGUAUCAGACAUGGACAAUUGAACACUAAGAAUUGAACGUUUAUGAAUGAAUCUACAAACACCAGCAAUUUGGUGCAUCUGUAGGGUUGAUUAUCACAGUUGAUUUUACAGAAUAUUAAUAUGUACAGUAUAUUUUAUUGUAUAAAUACCGGUUUUUGUUGUUUGUUUUUAAUGUAAAGUUAUACACAAUGAAAUAUAACUAUAAUUAUAACCUGGUGUUGUUUUUGCUUUUGUCUAUUUUGUUCGUUACUUUUCUUUGCAUUGAACUUAGGAGUUGUGGUUUGUGUUACUUGU